CAAAUUAAUCCCUUAUUCCGAAAUUUCUCAAAUUAUAAUUGGUGAGGCGAAAAAAGUCUCUCUCAGUUGAAAUCUAAUUCCGCUUUAAACCUUAUAGCCGAAUUAGAUCUGUAAACUGCAACAAUGGCCGGAAAAAGAGAGUGGCAGGCCAUCGGAAUCGAUCUCGGCACCACCUAUUCCUGCGUCGGUGUGUGGCAGCACGACCGUGUCGAAAUCAUCCCCAAUGAACAGGGAAACCCAAUCACGCCGUCUUAUGUCGCCUUCACUCAUUCCGGCCGUCUCACCGGUGAUGCCGCAAAGAAUCAGGCCGCCGUGAAUCCGAUCAACACGGUUUUCGAUGCAAAGAGGUUGAUUGGAAGGCUGUUUAGUGAUUCAUGUGUUCAGAGCGACAUGAAGUUGUGGCCAUUUAAGGUUUUCUCUGGACCUAAUGACAAGCCGAUGAUCAGUGUUAACUACAAGGGCGAGGAGAAGCACUUUGCAGCUGAGGAGAUUUCAUCCAUGGUUUUGAUAAAAAUGAGGGAGAUUGCCGAGGCGUACCUUGGUUCACCAGUGAGGAAUGCUGUCAUCACUGUUCCAGCUUACUUCAACGAUUCCCAGCGUCAAUCCACCAAGGAUGCCGGGUUCAUUGCUGGCCUCAAUGUGAUGCGUAUCAUCAAAGAGCCUACUGCUGCUGCUAUUGCUUAUGGUCUUGACAAGACGACGAGCGUUGUUCCGAAGAGCGUGUUAAUCUUUGAUCUUGGAGGUGGUACUUUUGAUGUCUCUCUGCUCGUGUUAGAGGAGGGUGUCUUUGAGGUGAGUGCAACCGCUGGUGACACUCACCUCGGUGGUGAGGACUUCAACAAUCGAAUGAUUGAUCACUUCGUUCACGAGUUGAAGAUGAAGAACAAGGACAUCAGAGAUAACCCAAAGGCUCUGAGAAGGUUGAGGACAGCCUGUGAGAGGGCGAAGAGGACUCUUUCGUUCGUUGCUGAAACCACCAUUGAGAUUGACUGUCUCUAUGACGGAAUCGAUUUCUAUGCUCCCAUCACCCGUGCUUGGUUCGAGGAACUAAACAUGGACCUCUUCCGGAAGUGUAUGGAUCCGGUGGAGAAGUGCCUGAGGGAUGCCAAGAUUGACAAGAGCUCUGUGCAUGAAGUCGUCCUUGUCGGAGGAUCCACGAGAAUCCCCAAAGUUCAGCAGUUGUUGCAGGAGUUCUUCAACGGGAAGGAGCUCUGCAAGAGCAUCAACCCGGUUGAGGCAGUUGCGUAUGGUGCUGCUGUCCAAGCUGCGAUUUUGAGUGGUGAGGGUGGUGAGAAGGUUCAAGAACUACUGCUUCUUGAUUCCACUCCUAUCUCUCUUGGUUUGAAAAUUGCUGGAGGUGUGAUGACUGUUUUGAUCCCAAGGAACACCGCUAUUCCCACGAAGAAGGAACAGGUGUUCUCGACUUACUCAGAGAACCAGGCUAGUAUGUUGAUUCAGGUCUACGAAGGUGAGAGAACGAGGGCAAGGGAGAACAACUUGCUUGGAAAGUUUAAGCUCUCCGGGAUCCCUCCUGCUCCGAAGGGGGUUCCUCAGAUCACUGUCUGCUUUGACAUUGAUGCCAAUGGUAUCUUAAAUGUCUCUGCUACGGACCAGAGUACCGGCCGGAAAAACAGGGUCACCAUCACCAAGUCCAGAAACAAGAGUGUACUCUCCAAAGCACAAUAAGAAGGUCGAGGCUAAGAAGUGAGCCUACAACAUGACGAACACCGUGAAGGAUGAGAAGAUCGCCUUAAAGCUCCUGCUACUAAUAAGAUCAAUGGAGACUAUCUCUGUAAGAGUUUCAAAUUUGAUAGUCAUCGGUUUCUCAUAAAAAGUAGAAGAGGCAAUGCCAUCAAGCCUCACACCUUUAUCUGGUUGAAAUUGGCUGACACAAAUCAAAGCUAAAGGAUUGCAGUCUACUAAUUCAA